GUGGGGCAGUCAAUUAGAAGCCUACCAUUUAACCCGAUGUGUCUCUGUUUCGUACGUGACUUAAAUGCGAACUUCGUGCGACUAAAGUAAUGGCCAGUCUUAUCACGGUUCUGCUGUCUUUACUUUCCCUGAAUCCACUCGCAGACGCAUGUUAGUGAGGAAGAUCGCAACGCCGAUAAGGAGUGUGAUUUGUGUGCAUAAAUAAACAACGCGAUUUCUUUUUGUAGCCAAAUAUCAUAUGGAGACGUUGCAGUUCUUCUUACGCAAUGGAAACUUCGAUUUAAAUCCAUUCAAUUGUUAUGUCUGGCCAUGGGAAACGUGUCCCAAGCGGUAUAUAGGAUUCCAAUUGUUUACCAGCAAUGGGCCACGACGAGGAGUGGCUUUGAAUGUAAAAACUCCAACGAGUCUCUACCAGGGUGGCUUCGGCAAGCAUCGGGAAACGGUCUUUAUUAUUCACGGCUUCAAUGGAACAGCCAUCGAUGUACACCUGCAGUUUCUAAGGGAUGCAUAUUUAUCGCGUGACUUCAACGUGAUAACCGUUGACUGGCGGCCCUUGACGCGAUAUCCCUGUUACCUUCACUCUCUGAUAAACACCAGACUGACGGCGCAGUGCACAGCCCAAAUCUAUGCAUUUCUCACCCAUUAUGGCGCCGUAAGAGAGAAAAUUACCUGUGUGGGACACUCGUUGGGUGCCCAUAUCUGUGGCAUGAUCAGCAAUCACUUGACAAAGAAACAAUAUCGCAUAAUCGGACUAGAUCCGGCUCGUCCACUGAUCGAGCGUAAGAAGAGCAACACAUUUCGCUUGUCGCGCGAUGAUGCGAGUGUCAUACAAGUGCUGCACACAAAUGCCGGAUAUCUCGGCCAGGAGGACAACACGGGGCAUCUCAACUACUGCGUCAACGGUGGACGCGUUCAACCGUACUGCAAGGGAAAUCCAAUCAGACAAUACCGCUGUUCGCAUUUCCUGAGCAUUUGCUACCUGGCCUCGGCCACUUACAAACACAACAAGUUCACGGGCGUUCCCUGCCCCAAUGGGUGUCUGCAUCUCAGCGGGCCCAAGCGUUUGCCAGUCAGCAGUAAAGCGAAUCCAUUCGAGAGUGUCUCGAUUCUGCGGGAGUACCAUAUAGGCAACGAUGCCCCGGACGACGCCCGCGGCUGCAUUUGCAUAGAUGUGCCGUACGCCAAACAUUGCCCCUUCACGGAUAUGUAGGAGAAGCUGGUCACUAAGUAGGUUUCAACUGUAAAUCAUAGCUGUUGGCAAUAAAUUGAAGUACAAACUAUUCUUUUGG